GCAUUCCAUUUAACAAAUGAAAAGGCUAAGGCAUAAAGAACCAGGAGAGAGAACCGGAGAUUUCCUCAAUUUUAGUGUAGUAAAUCAACAGUUUUAGUGCUAGGAAGUUUUUUGGAAUAGAGUGUAAACUCAGAUGGUAGGACAGGGUGCAUGAAAAUAUCCUUUUCUAUGAUAACUUUAUUUCUGUCUGAUGUCAGCAUUGAAAUUUCAGAGUAUUAAAAUGGUGAGGUAUGAAAAAACUAAGCUUGUUGUUAUUGACAUAUUUUUAAAAAUAAAAUUCUAGUAAUACAUUACUGUUUUCUAGAGAUUAUCUCAGAAUGGACACAUUGUAUACCCUAGCAAUUGAUGAAAAUAUUUUUCCCAAACCAUGAACCCCAGCAUCCUUAGCUCCCUGACCUACUGCCUCCCACAAACAUGAUAUUUGGAGUAUGAUAGACCUUCAUCUUGAAUUUCAUUCUUUUUCUUACAAAAGUAAUUUUCUUAUCUGGAAAUAAUUUGUAAUGUUGAAUAGUUCCAUAGUUCCUCUUGCUUCAGAAAAUAUUUAUUUUUCCUCUUAACUUCCCUUGUUGGGUUUUUUUUUUUUAAAUCAUCUGUGUUUGUGUUGGCUUCUAGCCCUCAGUUCCAGCACCUUUGGUCUGGUGCCAAAUGUUAGUCAGCACUUAGGCUAAAAGUAUCGUUUUCCAACACCCAGAUCAGAAGGAAAACUCCGCCUCUUACACCCACUACUUAGUGCUAUACUACAAAACUGACUAGUUGAAUCAUGUGCUCAUUACUUCUGAAUUUCUGCUUUUCACAACUCUCAUUCCUGCAGAGAAUGAGUUUGAGCCACAUGGAGAAUAUGCCUUUAAGCCAUUCAAGUCCUCACGCAGCACAGAGACCAUCCUGGAAGCAAUGGCUACUCUACUCAACAAUAGUUAUUUUGCUAUUACUUUGCUCCUUCAGUGCACUAAUCUUAACUUUUCUCCCACUCAAGACCUCCAACAGGCCAUGUGUAGCGAAGUUUGGACCAUUACCUUCAAAAUGGCAAAUGCCAUCUCCUGAGCCUUCUUGUGUGAAUAAGACAGAUGAUUGGAGGCUGAAGAUACUUCAGAAUGGCUUGUAUUUAAUUUAUGGCCAAGUGGCUCCCAACACAGCUUACAAGGGGCAAGCUCCUUUUGAGGUGUUGCUACGUAGGAAUGAAGACCCCAUACAAUCUCUAACGAACAAUUCUACAGUCCAGAAUGUAGGAGGGGCUUAUGAAUUUCAUGCUGGAGAUGUAAUAGACUUGAUAUUCAAUGCUGAACAUCAGGUUCUAAAAAAUAAUACAUACUGGGGGAUCUUUCUGCUAGCAAAUCCCCAAUUCAUCUCCUAGAGACUCAGUUAGGUCUCCUCAUCUUCAGCACAUGCAGAGAUGCCAGUGCAUAGGAUGGAGAAGGAAGAUUUUCAACACAUACAGUUCAUCUGGGUAUACAAAUCAACAUGAACAGAUCUCCUCUGCAUGUGAAGCUUCAUUUCUCCUGCUUAUUGAAUGAGACUCAGAAAGCACUGAAGACAUUUGGUUACCCCUGAUGUUGGGUCAGCAAAGACACUUUACUAGUUCAUGAUAAAAUGAAAAUGGGUGGCUGGAAGACAAAAUCUUUUCAAAGUGUCUGUCUAAUCCUUGAACCCCUGAGUGGAAAAAUGAGGUCUAUUCCCAUAAUAGCCUUAUAUAGCAUGCAAAAAAAGACCAGGGCAGUAGCCUGGUCUUGUUCUUAUAUUCUUGGACUGUGGACUGUUUCAAUUCAUUCUUCCCAUAUUCUCAUCUUAGGAGACACUCUUAAUAAAAUGUAGUCAGAGUGGGUGUGUGGCCAGCAACACUCCAUUUUGGAGUUGAUGAGAUUAGGGGAUAGAGAACACUCUUAGGAAAUAUUGGGACAGAAUUUCAGUUGGCAUUGAAAUGGAAUGCACUUUAUUCGGGAAUUUCACUUGAUUUCAUCAUCAAGUGCAGGGUGCUCUAUAAAACCUGCUGGUCAAAAGGCUAGCUUUCAAUCUUCACAUAGCAGUUCAUGAGAAUUUACUGGUGUAUGUAUCUAACCAUGUCAAUGACAAAGAGUAAUCAUUAGUAGUAAGAUCUAACCCCCCAAAUUGGUAUUACCAGUACUGUACUUUGCAACUGUGCAGAGCCAGCUAAAAAUAUGAAAUCAUUACAUGACAAAGCACUUUCAUAUACCACAUGGCAACUCGAUAGAUUUAAUGGGGCAGAUAUUUUUGGCACAAUUUUAACUAUGAGAAUACAGAGGCAGAUGGAAUAGAGGUAACUUGGUUCAGUUCAUAGAACUAGUAAUUAACAGGCACCUGGGCUUCCCACUGUAUUAUACUAUAUUAGCUUUACGAUUGGUAUUUCUGCUAUCAUGUUAGAAGCCUAUAAACUUUAACAGAUUUAAAAUUUUCAGACAGUAUAUUCCCUUUUAGUCCAACAGCAAUUUUUUCCUUUCUCAGCAAAUUUCUUUUCUUUUCUUUGCCUGGAGCAGGGUACCCAGGGUGUUAUUCAAGACUUACUACAACUUAAUCUCCUUCCUUACUUUGGUCAAAUGUGUUAACUUCCAAAAAUAAUGAAUAAUACUCAAUUCAGGGACAGUCUGUUAAAUUUUUGGACUCUGCAAAAUUAACUAGCUGCUUAUGGGUUGUUAUUAAAAGGUAUGUAGGUAAUGUGAUUACAUGAAAACCCAAUUUAAAAUAUUUAUGGAUAUUUGUAAAAAAUCUACAUUAUGUUAAUUAAUAGUAUCACCAUUAAAAACUAAUUUAAGAAUAUUUGUAUUGUAUGUAAGAAAAACUGCUUGGAAGCAGACUAAGCCUGAGGCCAAGAUGCCUCAUAGUAUGUCUUUUUUUUUUUUUUUUUAAAUACAUCUGCUGAGCAGCUGUAGGGACAAAGACUGGGGUACCUGGUUCCUCUUGUAUUUGUGUAUCAUCUCAGGAAAUUAAAGUUACAUAACAUACAUAUAUUUAUGGAAACGUGGUAUUGAUGUUAACUUAUAAGCAGUAGUGUGCUGGAGUGGGCUAGCACUAGCUCAGGAGAGCUGUUAAAUUUUUAUUAAUUGUGUAGUCUGGUUAUUAAAUCAUUAUCCUUGAAAUUGGCCAUGGUAGGACAAUUUAUACCAUGUGAAUUAGCAAAUGCUACAAAUCAGGGCUUUUCUUUUUGGAAAGCCCAUGCACCAGCACACCACUGUUUAUAAAACUCUUCUUAAUGACUCCUCUCAGCCCCUGCCUCAGUAUUACAACAGUCAAGGCAGGCAAGGAAAGUGUCUUACUCUCAGCAAAAGCCCCACAGAUAAAUCAUUUCUCAGGGCAGGUGGAGGAAUCUACAGCUGUAACCAGAUAGAUAGCUACCAACAUAUGACCUUUGAAUUUCCCUAGUGUUGAAAUUUCAGGCUUUGUUUUCAAUGUAUACUCUGUUCCCUUGUUUCUUCAAAACAGUGUUUAUAUUUUAAACUGACAAUAAAAUGUUUGUACAUGGGCUGUAGCUGAUUUAUCUAUGGGUUAUCUGACAAGAGUUAGUGAUCUAGAGAAUGUGCAUCAGAGAAAUCCUUGUCCAUAUGAAACACUGCUGAGAGAGUGAGAGGCAAAAGUCAGAGCUGGGGGUUUUGUCCCAAUUUCUGAUGGGUUAGGCAAAUAAUUUCACUAGCUGACUUUCACCCACCUCCUCAACUCUACCCCACCCAUCCACCCUCACCAUCAAAGCCAUCAUCAACCCUCUCAUACUAAUUGUUUUUACCUUCUAUUUUGCCUCAUCAAAGCUGACCUGGAGUGCUUUUUAUCACUGUGGGUUAAGUCUCUACUUCUGAAGAUGACAGUUAAUUGAUCACAGUCCUGUGUAUUUGAUGGAACAGAUAAACUCCUUAGAUGCAUUAUAUCUUUGCAACUUGGAGAUAAAAUUCCUGUCUUUGUGUGUUCUUCCUCAAAGAAGCAAUUUUCAUUGGCUGGGGGUGCUAGUACGUUUUUUAUUAGUGAGAAGGAGAAGCGAAAACCCAAUUGACUUAUGGGCUAGUGGUCUGAGGCUUACCUUCAAGCAGAGUUUUUCAAAGUGCUAUCUAUGGACUCUACAUUAGAUUUGCCCAGUAUACUUGGCCAAAAACCAAAGAAAAACCCCAAAGAUACCUUGACCUCAUUCAUAGUCCACUAAAUAAAUGUUUCUAGGAGUGAGGUCUAGGAAUCAAAUUUGUAAUGAGCUCUGACAUAGGUUAUUCUUAUACUACAGUUUAAAAACCACUGCUUUAUGGAAUGCAAUUUUGAAUCUCAGCAGAAUGUUUCUCCAAAUAUUUAAAAACAGUCAAAGCUUAUAAACCAAUGAAGUUAAAAAGCAAAGCAAAAAGCAAAACCAAAAUUGGUAUUCAUGAGACUUACCAUAAGCCAUCUCUCAUCACAAACAAUGGCCUUCUAUCCUCUAUUUCAGUUUGAAAAAAAGGUCAGGCUCUUCACUUUCCAUAAUCUAAUGGCAACUUUGCCAGUUGAAUGCUGGCAAUCCAUAGCAUAUGAUCCUUGUCAUAAUCAGUACUCCAUUAUCUACCUGUAUGCUGUCAACUCUCAAAUACUUAUCUCUAGCCAAAGUUGUUCUCCUUUAAGUCUUAUAACUCCACCUGUCUGCACAGUAAUUUCACAUUGGACAUACAAUGGACAUCUCAAAUUCAACUUACCCCAAAUGAAUCUUUUAAGGUUUCAACUAAAGCAGCUUUUUUCGAAUCCCUCCUCAUUUCAAUUGUAUCUCAUGAGCCAAAAACCUCUGAAUCAUGGAGUCAUUCCUGACUUCUAUCUUUAAUCUGUUUAAUCUUAGGAAAACUAUUAUCUUUACUUUCAGAGAAUCUGACCUCUUUUUGGCUAUGGCUCUUGUCUUUGGACCAAUAUUUUUUUCAGUAUCUUCAUAACUUAUUACAGUAUCUACAUACUUAUUACAUUCAGGAUUUUUGGACUAGAAACUGAAUUUUAUCAAAGUCUUAGAGUUUAUAUAUCUCUCAUAUAUGAAAAACCACAGCUAACAUCAUUCACAAUGGUG